AUGGCCUUAAAUCCAACCUUAAUUCAGGGAAAUGAAUUUUUAUUUCCAGCCAACAAAGGAUCUGAGGUUACUUAUUUAAGAAGGGAAGAUGUUAAGUUGAAAUUGUAUUUGCCUGAUCGAACCAUUAAAGAAGAUGGUAUGAUAUUUUUAACAAGCUCACGUUUAGUGUUUGUAAAAAACGAGCACAGUAAAACCAAUCCAAACUUUGCUGGUGUAGAAUUUCCAUUAAGUCUUAUUGAAAAGCCUAAAUUUGAACAGCCAGUAUUUGGAUUAAAUUAUUUAAGCGGUAUAAUAAAACCAUUAAUGGAUCAUCCAAAUAGUUUAAAAAGUGCUUGUAAAUGGAAUCUUGUAUUUUUAAAUGGACAAUGUAGUAGUUUCCUUAAUAUAUUUUUUAAAGUAUUUGAAGCAGCUAAAAAGAAUAGACCAUUGGUAGGUUUAAAUGAAUUUAAUGAACAGUUUUUUUCAAAUAGUAAUGCUUAUGUUGAUCCUAAUGAUCCAACAUUUUUGUAUAUUAAUGAGCCUAUUAAUGAAAAUAUUUAUACUCCUCAGAAUUUAUCACAAAAUCAUUAUAUACCUCUGGGAAGUUAUACAAAUAACAAUAUGAACCCUAGUAAUAAUAAUAUUAAUACAUGCAAUAAUAGUGGUAAUACUUUAAGACAACAGGAAAACAUUCCAAUAUAUAAAAGACCAUUUGUUCCUAAAAAUAAUAACCCUACUAGUAUGAUGACAUAUAAUAACUCCAACUAUGUGAAUACAUGUGAUCACAUAAAUAACAGAGCAAUGGGGAACUAUAACCAAAAUGUUUUUGUACCUAAUAAUUAUAAUAACCCAAAUAAUAAUACUCAAAAUUAUGAUUCUAUAAAUAAUUCCCUAACACAUUAUAAUAAUUCUUCUGAUGGAAGAACACUUUAUAACAACAAUAAUACGAAUAUGGGACAUUAUAAUAAUACAAAUAAUUUUAGAAAUUAUGAACAAGCAAAUAAUAGAAAUGUCACAGCGCAAAUGAAUUAUCAGAUGUAUAAUAAUAUGCCAAAUAAUAAUAUGCCAAAUAAUAAUAUGCCAAAUAAUAAUAUGUCAAAUAAUAAUAUUCCAAAUAAUAAUAUGCCAAAUAAUAAUAUGUCUAAUAAUAAUGUGAGUACAUUUCAUCAAAGGAUGAAUGCUCUACAUCCCCAACCAAACAAUCAUCAUUAUAAUCCGGCAUAUAAUGAACACCUUAAUAAUUCAUAUAAUCAACAAAAUAAUAAUACUUUGUAUAAUGAACAAAAUAAUGCCGAACAAAAUAGCUCGACUACAUACAACCAUCACAAAAAUUCUGAAACGUAUAACAAAAAUAAUUAA